AUGGCGUCGACAGCGCACGCUCGCUCGGGCCAGGAGGCCACUGGGGGCGACACUGCCCAGCAUCAAACGCUUGUGGCAGAAGUAUUAGAAGACACACUAGGACCCCGUUGGGAUGAGCGGCGUCACGUGGCUUUAGACUUUUCUUCCCCCAUUUAUUGUUUGGAGACUCUCAUAAGCCGCGAUGGCGGCUUGCUGAAUCCUCGGCUAAAUCUAAGCAAUCUGUUGACACUUGACAUCUCCAACAACGCGCUGACAGACAUUGAUUCUGUCGUGUCUGUGGCAAACGGAUUCAAAAGGCUGAAGACCCUCAAGGCCUCACACAACCUGAUCGCCAAGGCCGACCUUGUGCUGCCCACCCUCAUCUCCCUCGAUCUCUCAUCUAACCAGCUCACACGCCUCCCCUGGUUCGAAGGCAUUCGGAAUGUAGAGGAGCUCAUCCUGUCACAAAAUCAGAUUAGGGAUUCAAAUUUACAGAGCUUCGUGAUGCUUGGGAACUUGCGGGCUCUGGACCUGUCGAACAACCAAAUAAGCACUCUCCCAUCGAAUUUCAUCCGCGAGCUGGACCAUCUUAAAAACCUCACCAAGCUCACAAAAGUGGACUUUCGGCGAAAUGAUUGCACCUCCUGGUUUCCAGAGUAUGCGGCCGUCUUUAUCUUAAACGCAAUCUCCGCGGGGCAGCACAUCGCGGAGCUCGACGGGGACAUCAUAAAUCUUCGCACGCAUGCAGAUCUCCAAGCUGCGGGGGAUGCUGUGCUCGCGAGGCUUGGCGACUUUGACGCAACCUAUAUGGAGCGUCAAGAGGCAGCGGCGAGCAGGCCUCAGUUCGCAAAAUACGCAAUAAAGGCACGGUUGGCUGGAGAGGACGGAGAUGCGACUAUUGGCCGCCUAACAGGGCUUCUCGAGAAGGUGCUCACUGUACCUACGGGUGCAGCUGCUGAGGUCGGGGCAACAUUCUACGAUAUUUGCACGAGGGUAUGCCGUGCCACAGCUGUCCGUGGCAUGGAGGAGGAGGCCCGCGUUACGGUUUUUUGGAAGUAUUAUUCUACCUCAGAGAAGGCCCGGAAAAACGCCUCUAGGGAGAUGGUGCAGCGUGCGCAGCUUGCAGUGGAGCACAGCGAGGAAGCACGGCCCCUCAUCCUGCGCGGCAUUGCGAGUCUCUGCAUCGUCACCGAGGGCUCUCUUGCGCACGAAGUCUCAGUGGCGCUUGCGCGGUUGGCGCGGCAAGAAUUCACCUCGCAAACAGAAGGGGAUUGCGGGGGGCAAGCGGCAGAAGUGAUUGCUGAGGUUGUCGUACCUUCGCUUCUGGAGUUCUCUGGGCAGGAACGCAUGUUGAUGGACGUCUUGACUGGUCUAGUGACAGGAACCGAGUGCCUCGCCAUGGCGCUCGCUCUCAGCAGCUGUGUCCCGCUUCUUGCAGACCUUUUGACGCUAUGCGGUCCGACAGCGUCCCUAUGCAAGGUACUCUCGAUGGUUUGCCUGGCCGAAGAAAACUGCUCGGAGGCGGCUGGCCAGGGCAUACCUCAGGCUAAAGUCGCAGGGGCCAUCAUCGGCGUAUUGAGCGGCAUGAUUCGCAGCUGCGAGGAGGCUAUGAGUACUUGCUGCAACAACUACCACCUCGUGGAUUUGUUGCUUCCGGCCAUGAAGGAAGAACUCGCGGACCCGGUAAUCCUCGCGGCUAGCUGCACUGGGGUCCGCGUCAUUUUGGAGAACCCUCAGCAGCGCCAAGAGUUACUGCGUUAUGUGACAGAAGAAAUGAGGGGCUUUGAGUCCUUGUUGCAGUAUCUUGGAGGGCCUCGCUACACUGCCAUGUGCGACAGGGCGGAGCUUGCUCUGAAAAACGAAGACAAGGUCUGUCCUGUUUCUUUUGCUCUGUACUCUGGCAUUCCGCUUCCUCUUGGGCAGAGCUGA